AUGAGUGAUCAAUUUGAUGAUGAUGAUUUUGUUGAUGGAGAAGAAAUCUAAAAUAAAAAUUCCAGCAAAUAAGAAGAAAUUAGCACUGAGCAAUAAAAUCAAUCUAAAAAAGUUGAUGAGAUGGAUGAUGAUGAAGAAGAAUAAAUAAUAAUUACAGAAGAUAAUUAACCAAAUUCAACAGAAAUAGAACAGCAAAUCUAAGAUAAUGAAAUUCAAGUACAAUUCUUUGAUCAAACUUAGAGCCAAGAAUAGCAGAGUUAAAAAAGCAUCGAAAAUUAAUAAAUUAUCGAAUAAUAAUAAGAAACCCAUGUAGAAGAGGAAAUGAAAAAUCCUGAAUUAUAAUAACAAGUAGCAGUAGACAAUAAUAAUAUUUAAUAAUAAAGUAUACAUAAAGAUGAAAAUACAUAAUAAAAUGACGAGGAUUUUGAGGAAGGAGAAGAAAUAUAAAUUGAAAAUGUAGAAGAAAAUGUUAUGAAAAUAUAGGAGUAAAAUAAUUAAAUCGAAGAUAAAUAAAUAGAAUCAGAAUAAUAAGAGCAAGGAUAAUAAGAAUAUUAGUUAUAAUAAUAAUAAUAAUAAUAACAAUAAGAAUAACAAAGAUAAGAAUAAGAAUAAUAACAAGAUGAAUAACAACAACAAUAAUAAGAGUAAUAAUAACAAUAAUAAGAGUAAUAAUAACAAUAAUAAGAGUAAUAAUAAUAAUAAUAAUAAUAAUAAUAAUAAUAAGAUUAAUAAUAACAAUAUUUAAAUCAUAAUAGUGAUACACAAUCAGAAGAAGAAAUUAUAGUAUUAGAUAAAGAUGAUAAACUAGUUGAGGAAGUUCAAUAAAAAAUUGAUGAAGAUGAUUUUGUGAGUGGAGAAGAGAUUGAAAUUUAAAAUGAUAAUUAAGAAAUUUAGUAGAUCUAAAAUAAUGAUGAUGAUGAAGAUGAAUUUGAAGAAGGUGAAGUAAUUCAAGAAUAAGAAAAUAAUGAGACUUAAGUUAAGGAAGUAAACGAUCAGGCUAAUAAUCAAAAUUUGAGAAUGUCCUCUGUUAAUAAACAUUCAAUUGAUCAAUUAUACAAUGAAUUAUGUUAAGGAUUUUAAUGCCCACUUUAAAAGAAUUUCGAAUUUGAUUCAGUCCCUGCUCAAUAAUUUAGUUCAAUCGAAACUGCUUUGGAUAAAAACAGUGUGAAUUACCUUCUUGAAAGAGAAUUAUAGCAUGUCCAAGGCUAGAAAGAUUUGAAUGGCAUGGCAACCCCAUCCAAAAUAAACAUUAAUGAAGUAGGUGUGUCUUAGGAAUUAAAGAAUGCUUUCCUUGAUUAAAUUAAGCUCUAUACAUUAAUUUGGACCAAGUAUUAGCCAUACAUUUAAAUGUCUGACCAAUAUAAUUUUGUGAUUGAAUACCCUAUGUUUGAAUAUGUGGAUGUCUCUUAAGACAAGUCUCCAGUUCCAAGAGGAGGAACUUCUCAAUUUUAAUUAAAUGAUGUAGGAAGACCAGGAUUAUAAGAGAUAUUAGAUCUGAUUCCUGAUUAUUCGAAGCUUUUAGAGCAGACUUUCUCAAAUGAAACAUGAAAGUUGUUUUAUAUAUAAAAAUAUUUUAGUUUUUAAUUAAAAAUAAAUUAA